AUGGCCAGCAGUAGCCCCAACGUCCAGCAAUGUUUGAGCAAUAUCCGACUCCAUUCAAAGCAUAUGAAGGAUAAUCUUAGCGAGGGCCAGCUUCUUCCAGCAUUGAAGAACUGCCUGAACUUUCUCAAUGAAUUGAGAACGUCCCAACUCUCGCCGAAGGAGUACUACGAGUUAUACAUUGCAGUGUUCGAUUCCCUAGAGUUUCUUUCUAACUACUUAAAGCAAUCCCAUCAACGGAAGAUGAAGAAGAAAGAUGAUCCCCCAUUCUUGGCGGAUUUGUACGAAUUGGUUCAGUAUCUGGGUAACAUUGUGCCUAGAUUGUAUAUGAUGAUUGUCAUAGGUACAACGUACAUGUCCACUAAUAGUGAAAGCACCAAGGAGAUUAUGAAAGAUAUGAUAGAGAUGUGUAAAGGUGUUCAGCAUCCGAUUAGGGGCCUCUUUUUGAGGAACUACUUAUCCCAACGUUCAAAAGAUCUCUUACCGGUCGAGAAGGAAGAGGAUUUCGAGGACACCGUCGACUUCCUUAUGACAAAUUUUAUUGAAAUGAACAAGCUUUGGGUUCGUCUUCAGCAUCAGGGCCACUCCAGUGAGCGUGAGUUAAGAUACAGAGAGAGAAAAGAGUUGAAGGUUCUCGUUGGAUCGAAUUUGGUGCGCCUCUCGCAAGCCAUUGACGACUUCCCCACUGAUGAAAAGGAUUUUGGUGAAAACUACUAUAAGGAUACGAUCUAUCCUAUCGUGACCGAACAAAUAAUUCAAUGCAAGGACCAUCUUGCGCAAAGCUACUUGAUAGAUGUCUUGAUUCAAAUAUUCCCUGACAAUUUUCAUUUUGCGACAAUGGAUGACUUACUCAACAAUGUUUUCUUGAAAUUACACCCAGCAUUGCAGAAGUCGGAGUUGAUAUCAAAUUUAGUGGACAGGUUUGUUACUAAUCUUAAAUACGAAGCUGACUUAAAGGAAGCAACAGAUGGAACUGACGGACUUGGAGAUGAUAAAGAGAUCGAAAAAACGACACAUGAGCCUAGCGUGCCAGCGGAUCUGAUUUUUGGCUCUUUCUGGCUGUUCUAUGAUAAUCUCGAUCAGUUACAACCGUCGCUUCCUCCGGAAGAGAUUUGUUCCAUCCUCCGCUCGCUUAUCAAACUUGCACUCAACUUGCAACCUGACAAUUACGAAAACUUAAACAAAAUCUUUGAGUAUGCAAUGAAGACGUUGAAGAAAAGCAGGGCUGAGGACGGUCCAAAAGAGCGCUCAGAGUCUAGUUUGUGGUACGAACUUCUCGUUGCGCCGGUCAAUGAACUCACUUCCAUAAAGGAUUUGCUCAAGCUAGAGUAUUUUAGGCAGCUUUUCGAACAGAUUCCUGAUCCAUUUUUCAAGAGACAACUCUCACUUGAGAUCGUGGACAAGCUCCUCAUCCUGCCCCAUGAGCAAACCUUAGAAAACAAUGAUGACAUUGACGACAUAUUUGCAUACCUCUUGAUUCUCAUUGAAGAGCAGGACUACAAGGUAGACACUCAGAAAGACUUGGGCAUAAAGAAAUCGAUAAAGUUAGAAGGCGGAGAGAAAGUCGUAAGCGACGACUUUUUGGAAAGACAAGAGAAAAUCUGCAAAUGUUUGCAUUUGAUUUCCCAUGAUGACCCAGCCAAAGCGUUGUCAAGUCUUCUCUUCGUGAGGAAGAAGUACUUGAGCAGAUGCCCAGACAAUAUCAUUUACACAUACCCGACGCUUAUUCUAAAAAUCACAAACCUUUUGAGAGUCUCAGCUUACAAGAGUUCAAGAUCGAAAAACCAAUCACUGGGGUCACUUAAACAGGCGGAACAAUCACUUACGAAUAAUUUCAAGAGUUUAGCUGUUGUCAUUGAUGAGCUUUAUCAGCAACAUCAGACAUUUUAUGCAGAGUACAUCUUGAAAUUGUAUUUGAACGCAGCUUCUAUUGCAGACCAAUUGAAGCAAGAAACAAUGGCAUAUGAAUUGUUCCAACAGAGUUUCGUUGUCUUUGAAGAGAAUCUCUCUGUGAGUAAACCAGCGAAGAAUGCACCAACUAUUUCGAAUGCUUUAGCCAAUCUGCGGUAUUUCAGUAAGGAAAACUACGAGUCUUUGAUUACUAAGAUCACCCUCUAUGGUUCCAAAUUAUUGAAGAAGCAGGACCAGUGCCAGCUGCCAGAAGAGGAGAAUGAGCCACUGCUUUACCAGGAUGGGAAGAGAGUUCUUGAAUGUCUCCAGAAAGCCCUUAGAGUAGCAGACUCGAGUAUGGAUGCAUUGCUUCUGUUGAGGCUUUUCGUGGAGAUUCUCAAUCGUUGUGUCAUUUUCAACGUCUACGGGAACUGGCUAAUUGAUGCGCGGUACAUCAAUGGCCUUAUCGACUUGAUACGUAACAAUUUGGCCAACCUCAAGGAGCAAGAUGCGUCUCGGGCCUCGGAGGAUGAUAAAGACGUGAGGAUUUUACGUCUUGUCGAAUUGUACUUCGAUCGUACAUUGGAGCAUAUCGCUGAUCAGCAACAAAGCGAAGGCAGGCUCGAAGGAGUCAUUGUAUAG